AUGGCCUACUCGUUCCUUCAGUCGCUGCCGGACGCACGCCGCAUACGAAGUUCUUUACUACGACUCCCACUCUGCACUCGCGGCCUGGUCGCGGUGAUUACCUUGCUCUACGUGGUCCAUUGGUUUGUGCCUGAGAUUACGGAAUGGGGAGCUCUCAUACCCUCUGAGAUCAACCUCAGAACGCUACAUCGAUUGAACACCUUCCCUCUCCUGCACCGAGACAUCUUCCACUACCUCCUCAACAUAAUCGCUCUUACGCCCUUGCUCGACCGAUUUGAAUCAGAACACGGCACAAUCGUGACAUUCAUCCUCUUCACCGGACCAUUUGGUCUCCUUCCAGGCGGCCUUUACACCCUUCUCGAACGAUUCGUCUUCCAUCUCGAUGGCCACGCAGUUGGAUCAAGUGUAUGGGUGUUCCUACUCCUCUCCAGCGAGUCCAUAAAGACAUACCGCGAGAACCCAUACUUUCAGAUAUCUGACUUCAAGAUACCGACGUGGACGACACCCAUCCUCUUGAUCCUUGUUAUCAAUUUCCUGGUACCACACACAAGCCUGCUGGGACAUUUAUGCGGAGCACUGGUGGGAUUUCUAUGGGGCCUGGGGUACAUCAAAUUCCUGGCACCGCCUGACAAGAUCUUGAGGUGGAUUGAGGGCAAGCUGAACUUACUCGGACGGCUACCGCACUAUGUGAGUGUGGAUCAAAAGACCUUUGGACGAUAUGGAGUGCUUCCGAGCACAGGCGGUGGAAGGGUUGGCCCAGGCAGAGGCACAUUAGGUGCGGCGAAUGGUGUUGCCGUCGGUCCUUUGGGAAGUACGCAACGACUCGGCCCUUGA